AUGGCAUCAACAACAAGAGCAGCUGCCUUUGUGGCACUGCUCCUCAGCACAGCGGCCACGGCUCACGAGGACCACAUGGAUAAGAUCGAGGAAGGCCACGCUAUCUCAGGCGAUCCGAUCGAUUCCAUACUUUGGAUUCACAUUUUGAUACAAUCUUUGGCCUGGGGGAUCAUCUUCCCCACGGGUAUGGUAUUAGGGAUAAUCCGAUCGAAAUGGCACGUUCCUGUACAAACGGUCGGCUCCCUCCUCGCAAUCGUAGGCUUCUUCCUCGGACAUAAGCACAAAGGCAGACAAUUCUCCACGAACAUGCACGCCAAGUUCGUCCCAUACAUAAUGCUUAUGCUGGUCGCCCAAGUCGCUAUGGGUGUCUACUUGAAACUCCACCUCGAACGAGGUAUCAAUGCAAAGAUACGAAAAGUCGUGAUCAAGAUACACGGUGUGGUUGGCAAGGCAUUACCACUCGUAACCUGGGUCCAGUUCGUCUUUGGGGGUAUUACAGCGCUUGGCUUCUGCCGAGCCGACCAUACGGGGCAAUGUCUGGCCCAUUUCAUCAUGGGAGGCGCAUUCAUUGCAUACGGCAUUAUCCUCAUUAUUUUGCUGUUGGUAGGCCAAGAUUGGCUGCGCAGAACGGGACGAAGCCAGGAGUUCUUCGACAGCCUUGUCAUCGCUGCAUGGGGCUGCGUCAACACGUUCACCGAGCAUCGCUGGGGCAAGCCCUGGGCAGGCAAUGAUCUGCAACACACGUCCAUGGGUGUCAUCUGGUGGGCAGCUGGUCUGGUAGGCGUAUGGCUGAGCCGUACACGAGGCGGACGACCCAAGCGAAAUCUGAUCCCCGGUAUCGUCAUUUUCGUGACUGGUUGGGCGAUGUCCGCUCACCCCCAGCACCUACCCAUUUCGACCAUGAUCCACACGGUGUUUGGGUACACUUUGAUGGCUGCAGGUGCUGCACGAAUAAUUGAGAUCUCUUUCGUGCUCAAGGAUAGCAGCGCUAUCUCGGCUGACGGAUCAGACCCGAAUAGCUUCCAGUAUCUGACGCCGUUCCUUCUAAUUGCUGGCGGCUUCAUGUUUAUGGGCGCCACGGAAGAGCAAAUGCAGCUUCUGGCUGACGCACACGUGACGCACGUCUCCUACGUGCUCAUCUUGCUCAGCAUCGCUUUCUUGCUGUUUCUUUUUGUCAACAUGCUUCUUCACCUCUAUGCCGUCCAUGCAUGGGGCCAAGAUAUCAAAGCCGAUGCCGAAGCUCCUCGCAUGAAUGGCCUUACCAACGGUCAUGCAAAUGGCCAGCCCAAUGGUUAUGCUAGAGCUAAUAGCAGAGUUCGGGAUGCCGAAGAGUUUGAGCUUGAAGGCCUAGACUCAGAGGAUGAAGACGACGAUGUUCUUGAUAAUAAGGAAAGGAGACCACUGGUUGCGCAGCAUUAA